CUCCCUCUGGGCGGGGGUGUUCCGUGCAGUCGAGAGCAGAGUCUGACAGGAGUUCGGAUCUGGUGCUCAGCAAAAAGUCGCAGGAGAGCUGAAGCCCCAGGACAGGCGUGCAGGAAAAUGCUUUUCUGAUACUCAGGACCCUGCAGAUCGAGGGGUCGGAACAGUGAACUCCGCACAGUUUGCGGGGAAACAGACCUGCGCUGGCAGGUCCUGGGAGAUGAUCACGUUCCGUGAAAUGGAGUGAUUGAUUGACCUUUCGAAAUGUCAGCAGCUGCUCUUUGGCUCCAGGGGAUUCUGAGGGCCUCGCCAGCCGGCCGCAGCCUCCUGGACACACUCCACAAAAUGAAGCCGGGAGGCUUGUGGCUGCGCCUCACGCUGCUCGGGGCCUCGCUGCCGGCCGCACUGGGAUGGACGGAGCCGGGAACCAGCGGAGGCCGGAAUGUGGGCGUCAGGGAGCCACAGUCAGAGGAAUCCAGAAGCUUUGAAGUCACAAGAAGAGAAGGGCGUUCCGGCCACAGCGGGCUGCCGGCCGCCUGCGGGAAGACGCUCUGCGGCCGGGGGAGCCGGUGCGUGCUGGUCGGCGAGACGGGGCGGCCGGCGUGCCGGUGCCUGGAGGCGUGCCCGCCCAGCUACCUGCCCGUGUGCGGCUCCGACGGCAGGUUCUACGAGAACCACUGCGAGCUCCACCGCGCCGCCUGCCUGCGGGGGGAGGAGGUCGUCGCCGUGCACAGCAAGGACUGUUUCCUGCAAGGCGACACGUGCACCGUGGCCGGCCACGCCCGCCUGAAGAGCGUCCUCCUGGCGCUGCAGGCCCGCCGGCGGCCCCCCCAGGAGGGGCACGGCAGGCCAGACGCCCCCUCCCAGAGGCGCCUGCUGGUGGAGUCUCUGUUCAAGGACUUGGACGCGGACGGCGACGGCCACGUCAGCGGCGCGGAGCUGGCGCAGCACGCGCUGCAGCGGCAGGACCUGGACGAGGACCUGCGCGGCUGCUCUCCCGCCGACCUCCUGCGCUUCGACGACUACAACGGCGACGGCGCCCUGACCCUGCGCGAGCUCUGCACGGCCUUCCAGGUGGUCCAGCUCAGCCUCGCCCCCGAGGACAGGGUCAGCGUGACCACGGUGACCGUGGGGCUGAGCGUGGUGCUGACCUGCGCCAUCCGCGGGGACCUGAGGCCGCCGAUCGUCUGGAAGCGCAACGGGCUCACCCUGAACUUCAUGGACUUGGAGGACAUCAACGACUUCGGGGAGGACGGCUCCCUGUACAUCGCCAAGGUGACCACCGUGCACACAGGCAACUACACCUGCCACGCGGCCGGCCGCGAGGAGCUGCUCCAGACCCACGUCCUGCAGGUGAAUGUGCCCCCCGUCAUCCGCGUCUACCCCGAGAGCCAGGCGCAGGAGCCCGGCGUGGCGGCCAGCCUGAGGUGCCACGCAGAGGGCAUCCCCACGCCCAGGAUCACGUGGCUGAAAAACGGCGUGGACGUCUCCACCCUGAUGUCCAAGCAGCUCUCCCUCCUAGCCAACGGGAGCGAGCUGCACAUCCGCAGCGUGCGGUACGAAGACACGGGGGCGUACACCUGCAUCGCCAGGAACGAGGUGGGCGUGGACGAAGACAUCUCCUCACUCUUCGUGGAAGACUCAGCUAGGAAGACCCUUGCCAACAUCCUGUGGCGAGAAGAAGGCCUCAGCGUGGGGAACAUGUUCUACGUCUUUGCCGACGACGGCAUCGUGGCCGUCCACCCCGAGGACUGCGAGAUCCGGAGGCACCUCAAGCCCUCGGAGAAGAUCUUCAUGAGCUUCGGAGACAUCUGUCCUCAGCGUGGAGGGGACGCGGCCGUGCCGUGCCAGUGGGCAUCAGCAGUCAACGUCCGGAACCGGUACAUCUACGUGGCCCAGCCGGCCCUGAGCAGAGUCCUCGUGGUCGACAUCCAAGCCCAGAAAGUGCUGCAGUCCAUAGGUGUGGACCCUCUGCCGGCUAAGCUGUCCUAUGACAAGUCACACGACCAAGUCUGGGUCCUGAGCUGGGGGGACAUGCACAAGUCCCAGCCCAGCCUCCAGGUGAUCACGGAGGCCAGCGCCGGCCAGGGCCAGCACCUCAUCCGCACCCCAUUCUCAGGAGUGGACGACUUCUUCAUCCCCCCGACAAACCUCAUCAUCAACCACGUCAGGUUCGGCUUCAUCUUCAACACGUCGGCCCCCGCGCUGCACAAGCUGGACCUGGAGACGCUGGCGCUGCUCAAGACCAUCGACUUGCGGCGCCACGGCUGCGCGCCCCGGGCGCUGGCGCACACGCACCGCGGCGGCUACGUCUUCGUGCAGUGCGGGCGGGACGGCGGCUCCGCGCCCGCCGCGGGGCAGCUGCUCGUGGACAGCGUCACGGACUCCGUGCUCGGCCCCAACGGCGACGUGGCGGGCACGCCGCACGUGUCCCCGGACGGGCGCUUCGUGUUGAGCGCGGCGGCCGACAGCGCGCGGCUGCACGUGCAGGAGGCCACGCUCGCGCGCGCGCCGCGCCAGUACGACGUGUACGCCGCGCUGCAGCCGCGCCCCGCUGCUGCUGCUCGAGCUGCCGCGGGCGCGGCCGCGCUCGGGGACCUCAAGGAGCCCCGCCGCGCCUGGGGCCGCCGGGAGGUCGUGCGGGACAGCGGGCUGUUCGGGCAGUACCUGCGCCCGGCGCGCGAGUCCCUGCUGCUCAUCCGCGCGGGCCAGGGCGCGCCGCGCUGCGAGGUGCCGGGCGUGAAGGGGGCGAGCACGGCCGUGUGGGUGGGCGAGCUGUGAGCGCCCGGGCGGGCCCCCGGCCCGGGACCCGCGCCUCGUCCCGCGCAGGCGCGUGUACAUUUUCACAGACAAAAGCGAACACCUGUAUCCGCUUCGUGGCUCCACACCGGUCUCCUUGCAAGUCUCCAGCGCGAGGCCCGCGCUGCCGCGACGCCGGGGCUUUUCCUGGGGAGUCCGGCUCCGCCUCGCGCUGCAGGGAGGACUCGCGCGCCGCGGAAGGGACCUGGGGACGCGAGGCCCUGCUGCUGUCCAGGCUGGCGCUUCUGUCCGCUGCCUUCACGUUGUCUUGGUCCUUUCACCGCCAGACCCACCCUGGCCGAGCGGCCUGGAGGCAGAGGCCGGCCAAGGGCUGUCCCUCCCAUCGUCGUCGCUGGGGACCACGUCUCUCCUUCACGGCCGCUGCUUGCUUUUCUUUCCAUGUGACUCGUCCUAAGCCUGGGGGAGAGCCCACCAGACUUGCUUCAUCUUGGGGGAUGGGGAAAUCACUCUCUUUAUUUUGGAAAUUUUUGAUUAAAAAAUAAUUUUUUAUAAUCUGAAACGCUA